AUGGCAACAAAUACAGUCAUCUACGAGCCGACUGACAAAGGCAUUACAACAAUCACCAUUAAUCGGCCCGAGGUCAGAAACGCCGUCAACCAUGCCACAUCACUAAAGCUAGCCGAGGCCUUUCAAAAGUUUGAAAACGACGCCGCCCAGAAAGUGUGCAUCUUUACAGGAGCCGGCACCAACUUUUGCGCUGGCUAUGACCUGCACGAAGUAGCCGGCAACAACAACAGCGGCGAGCUGGCUGUCGCCCGCCCGGUGGACAAGGUCAACGGAGCCUUCGGUCCCAUGGGCCCCUCGCGCAUGCAGCUGAGCAAGCCCGUCAUCGCCGCCAUUUCCGGCCACGCCGUCGCCGGCGGCCUCGAGCUGUCCCUGCUGGCCGACUUGCGCGUCGUCGACACCACGGCCGUCUUUGGCGUCUUUUGCCGUCGCUUCGGCGUCCCGCUCAUCGACGGCGGCACGGUGCGGCUCCCCAAAAUCGUCGGCCAGGGCCGGGCGCUCGACAUGAUUCUCACGGGCCGGCCCGUCGACGCCCAGGAGGCUCUGUCGUUUGGCUUGGCGAACCGCGUCGUCGCAAAGGGGCAAGCAGUCGAGGCGGCGAGGGAGCUGGCGAGGAGCUUACUGGGCUUUCCGCAAAAGUGCAUGCGGGCAGAUCUCGUGUCUGCUCAUUAUAGUGUGUAUGACGCAUCUAGUCUUGAAGAUUCAUUGCGUUUUGAGUUUGAAAAGGGCGUAUCGGUCGUGGCGGAGGAAAGUGUCCACGGCGCCCGGAGAUUUGACAAGGGCGCGGGACGUGGAGGAAAGUUUGACAAGGCGAAAAUAUGA